AUGAACUCCAAACUUCUACGAGAAGAGACCAUCCUGCACUCAGAGUGGGACUUCUUGAAGAGCCUCGAGGCUAUCCAGAGAGGAUACCCUCUGGAUAUCCGCAAGGAAGGCAAGGUCAAGAGGACAGAUAUUGUACAUAUAGAAUAUAAUGAGGGAAGGCAGGAGACCACGAAGAGUUUUAGGAUUGAUACGUUUUGCUCAGACGUCUCGCAAUGGGUACGUCUGAGUAUUAAUCAGAGGAAGGUAUCAAAGAAGCAUGUGAAGUUUUUAAUGAAUGUGUGAAAUCUUAGAUUUACGAAAAUCGUUAUUGUGAAUCAUAUUAAGGAGAGACCCUAUAAACUUCACAAUAUAAUGAGGCCCUUAGGGAAGAUCUCAAGCGCAGCCUUAGAUAUUAUUUAUAUUGAGAGAGUGUAUUUCAGCUGAAGACAGUUCAACAUAAUCUUUAAUAAUUGAUGGGAUUGUAGUCUUGUCAGAUUUAGAUACUGCACACUAGAUUUGAAGAAAAUCAGAAGGAUGCCUUGUAAAAAGGGCAAAUCAAAAACUGUCUUUAUUGAAUACAGCAAAUUUUUAAAUGGUGAUCUCCUACAUUACUGACAUGAUGAAUUUAAAGUGCUGAUGAAAUACUUAACAGCUGAAACAUUCAUACAGUCUGUGGAAAAGAUGUACAUCAGCCUUAUGAUGUUCGACUCCAGUGUUCCAGAACUCGAACAAACAUUUAAAAAGGGAAAUCCAAAUAUUGAUCUCACCAUCAAGCCUCUUGAUGAGCUCCACAACUUAUUUGGAUGGGAAUGCUAAUUUUUGCCGCUCUCCCAGUUCAUAUUUGGUCGAAAAUUUUAUUUCCAACGUUGCCAC